AAUUCGAGCGUAUCUGAAAAUCUUUACGAAUGAAAGCGAUGCAAUUCACAUGUUCUCAUUUAAUAAUUUCACGUGGAAAAUAGUUCGUUUUUAUCGGACGUGAAAGAGGGUUAUAUAAUUUAUCGAAUUUACCGAGUAAACGCUAGUAUUUCCGCAGGAUUUCUCGAUUCGAUUAACUAACGCGAUUAGAUAAACGUGUUUGUUGCCGAAAUACGUUCCAUAUCAUUCAGGAAAUUAUUGUUAAUUCUCGUGUUACGGUACACUUCCAAUUAGACGUACGAUUUCGGUGAUUCGCAACAGAGGAUACAACUUUGAUUAAUCUUCAAACUUCGUAUCUUGGAUGUAUGAUCCGUUCGGUACAUCACAGGUGUGGGCUGUAUAUUUUCGCAACCUUAUCCUACUCUAUAAAACGAUUCGUGUAGAUCAGAAAGAUGGUUAAACUUUACAAGGACAGUUCAAUUUUCCAAUUCAAUUGGAAUCAAGUGGCCCAAGGAUUUUGGAUGAGGUAUCCGAACCCUAACAGCGCUCACGUUCUCUCAGAGGAUACCAUAUCAAGAGAAGUUAAAAAUGGAGUUUUAUACACGAAAAGGCUACUUAUAAAGUCUGGCUAUUUACCAAAGUGGGGAGAAAAAUUUACUACCAAAAAUACAGUUAAAAUUGUAGAAGAGAGUGUGAUGGAUCCGAAAGCAAAAACCUUGACUACAUAUACAAGAAAUUUGAAUACCACGAAAGUAAUGACUGUCGUGGAGAAGGUUGUUUAUAAAGUGUGCGAAGAAAAUCAAAAUUGGACCAUAGCAAAAAGGUCGGCGCAAAUCCGCAGUCAAGUGUACGGAUUUGGCAUCGCUAUAGAAGCGUACGGAUUGGACAGAUUUAAAAAUAAUUGUAAUCGGAUGCACGCUGGUUUCAAUUACGUUCUGGCUCAUUUGUUUCCGCAAACGGCGCAAUACAUGAAUCCAACUCUUUCUCAAAUGGGUUUCGUUCAACGACUCGACGACGGAGUCGCAAAUAGAUCUAGUCUGGCAGAAGAUUUCCAACAUUCGUUACAAGGUAAGGCGGAGAAGGUGAAGGACGCUGCGAAGAAAGCGACUGAUUUAGCGAAGAAAAAGGCUGGACCACUCUAUGCUGCGUGCCAACCGCAGCAAUCGUAAACGUGACGCCAGGCCGACGCGAGGAAGAAUGAAAAGUAUUUUUAUUGUUAAAUAAGAUGCUAAAAUGUAAAUUGUUAGUGGACAAUUUUGAGUCGUCCAUCGCCGUCGUCGUCAUCGUCGUCGUCAUCGUCAUGAUCAUGAUCAUCAUUAUCAUCAUCAUCAUCAUCAUCAUCAUCAUCGUCAUCAUCAUCGUCAUCAUUAUUUUCUUGACGGUCAAAAAUGGUAGAAUAAAAUUGGUUUCUCGUGGACAGGACUUGGGGUAAAACGCGUGGAAUCUUGACGCAACAGAAUUCUCACGCCACAUUAGUAAUCGCGUAGUAUCGAUCCCGAUAGCGAUAUCGGUAGUAAGUAUAGCUUGCUUUCGAAAGCAAUUAUUUUCUCAAGUUUGAGCACCCGUUACCAGAGAAGUAACAUCCAGUCAGUAAGUUGAAUCUUGUACGCGAAUCGUUGGAAAUUCGUCGCAGCUUUCUAUGGGAAUACUGCACAUUGUGCUACACGAUCAUUCCUUCCAACUGCCAAUUCGUUUUUCUUUUUUAAUUGUUUAGAUCUGUACGAUAUAUUUUUCUAGCAAGCGUUUUAAAACUAGAUCACAUCUGCUUUCACGGCGAGGGAAUGAGAAUAUUUUAACCCGGCACAUUUUCGAAAGGAACAUUUUCGUCGUACCUCUUGGAAUCUUUAAUUAUCGAUUCCAAUUUAUCGUACAUUCGAACGUACCUUUGCUCGCACCUGUCGGACGAUACCUAAACUGUGCUUGUCCUGUAAAAUAUCUAAGCGCCGUACGAAAGAUUUCCCUGAAAACGAAUUGAAUUCGUUCCUGUGAGACGAGUGUUGCGGCUAACCGGCGUACAAUACUAUGCGCGUGACGCAUACCACAGAAACACGUUGAUCCGUAACAUUUUUCAUGCUUUUUCCAUGUUUUCCGUGUUCUCGAGUUAUCUUUCUUUUUUUAUACUUCUCUCACGUUGCGUUGUCGCGUACAGUUGCAUCUAUUUCCCAUUAAUGGAAUCGAUAGUCGUCGCCCGGACGAUUCAAUCUCGGUCUCAGCGGCGUGUACGCCUCCGCGUUCCACGGUCGACUACACAUUUGGAGAUAAUCGGAGAAUUUCGUAUUGACAUGCAUUCGCGGUAAAUCAUCUGCAAGUAUAAUAUAUAUACAUAUACAUAUAUAUAUAUAUAUAUAUGUAAAGAAACAUGGUAGUCUGUGCUGCGACUUGCGCAUGUACAGUAGGAAAUUGUGCAAACGUAGCCGGAGGAUGCGUGGGAAAUGAACAGAUUGAGAAGGAUGCGUCUAUUCUUAGCUGAUAUUGUUUGUAAAUGGUGUGGAUUCAAGGAUCGCUUGAACCGAGAAAUGUACCAAAAUAUAGCAAUAUAAUUAUAUGUACGUCAGACGGAGAAGGUAGUUGCUGUUAUUCCACCGUUG